GAUUUGGCGCACGCGCACUGCGAAAAAAGGCAACAUUAGCUAGUCGCCGGUGUCGUUAUAGUUAAAGGAGAACUUGUGUGUUUUUUUAACGUUUUUCUCACUAUAUCAAAUAUGUCGGACGAAGACCUAUUAAAGAUUUGGGUUGGAAACUUCCCUUACGGAACGACAGAGGAAGAAUUACGAAAUAUAUUCGAAAGCUAUAAAAUACGUAGUGUCGACCUGGUGAAUACCACGGAGGCUGGCAAAACGGCAAGUGCAAUAUUGAUCGUUGAGGAUCCUGAACUAGCUGUAAGACAAAUGGAUGGAUAUACAUUUAAGGGUCGUCCGAUUGGUGUAAGAAUAGCUAACAAGAUUUCCCCCGAUAGAAGAAAUAAUACGCACCAAUUGGAUAGAUGCAAAAUACUAAUUCAGCAAGUACAACCGAUGCUAUACAAUAUUUUGGACAAGUGCUCGUACUGCACUGCCAUUAAGUCUCUUAUAACGGAACUCUCUUGGACACUUCAGGAGGAUCAUCAUACGAAUGGAUUAUCGCAUAAUGCAACAGCAAGCCAGCAUCACGCCCAUGGAGCGAUUAGAGAUCAUAUGCUGACAGUACCGUCUCAGUACGUUGCAGCGGCUGAGAACUAUCCUUACUCUAAACCUGAAGCCUACAUGACACAACCCUUUCAAUACCGGCCGUAUUCUAAUAGCGCUAGUCCAGUGCCACCUGGCGUAGCGAUAUCGAGCAGGCCACCUAGGAAUUUUGUUCAAUCGCCUCCAAAUCAUAUUCGAAGUGCGCCACAGCCUAAUCUUCCCUGGUGA